UGACGUCACAUCCGUGUGAUUUGUAUAUCCUGUGGGCGGGGCUCUGUAGCUGCACGGGAGUAGUGUUGAUUUGAUCCCUUAUGUUUUAACCGUUUAUAUGUGCGAAUCCGGGGCCAAGGCUCUUCACAAAUCAAACUUGAGUCUCAUUCUGUUUGUUCUUCUGGAACACUAAAGUCAUGGCAGCUAAUAAGAACAAGAGUCAGAGCUCUCUGGUUCUGCACAAGGUGAUCAUGGUGGGCAGCGGCGGUGUGGGGAAAUCUGCUCUGACGCUGCAGUUCAUGUAUGAUGAGUUUGUGGAGGACUACGAGCCCACGAAGGCAGACAGUUACCGGAAGAAGGUGGUCCUGGAUGGAGAGGAGGUGCAGAUCGAUAUUUUGGAUACGGCGGGACAGGAAGACUACGCCGCCAUCAGAGACAACUACUUCCGCAGCGGAGAGGGUUUCCUCCUGGUUUUCUCCAUCACAGAGCCCGAGUCCUUCAGCGCUUCGUCAGACUUCAGAGAGCAGAUCCUGAGAGUGAAAGCGGAGGAUGAUCAAAUCCCUCUGUUAUUGGUGGGGAAUAAGUCUGAUUUGGAGGACCGGAGGCAGGUGUCUGCAGACGAGGCCCGAGCCAAAGCGGAAGAGUGGUCCGUUCAGUACGUGGAAACAUCAGCCAAAACCAGAGCCAACGUCGAUAAGGUCUUCUUUGAUUUAAUGAGGGAGGUGCGGACGAAGAAGAUGUCCGAGAACAAGGAGAAGAACGGGAAGAAGAGUGGCAAGAAGAAGAAGAGCUUGAAAGAGAGAUGCAUGCUGCUUUGAGACACACAAACGCUUGAUUCCCACGUCAAGCUUUCCUGGACUGAGCCCUUCUGAUGAUGAUGAGGAGACCAGAUCUUCCUCUUCGAGCGUUUUUCUUGCCAAAUACAAUCGAACCAGAACCUUAAGCCACUGUGCCGACCUCAACCACAACUCUUCCACAUCCUUAAAGAACUUGUUUUUAGAUGCUUCUUCCAGUUUUCCUUGGCGUUGUAAUAUUAAAUCAGUAGAGUAACUCUAAUCUGUGAGAAACUGAGGCUUUGUGACUUCCCAGAAGUUAUAUUCACUAUGCUGCAUCACUGUUCAUGAAACAGGAGGAAUAUAAUAUUUUCUGAGUAAAUUGUUGCAUUGAAUUAAAGGGUACGAUUUGUGA